AUGCAUUUAAUUCCAAAAUUGACUAAAUUAAACAAAUCUCAAGAAGACAUCUCAGCUAUUCAAGAUCAUCUGAGUCAAUUACCUUAGUUUCAAGCUCCUUAUGAAGUCUUGAAAGACGUACUUAUAAAUUUGAAAUAUAGUUGUGCAAAACAAUAGGAUAUGUUUAUUUUGAAACUGGUCAAGUAGUCUAACAAAAUAAUAAAUUUGCAUUCUAUGUAAUUAAAGGAUUGCUUUAAACAGAAGACAACAUUUAAAUUCAACCUGAAAUGUGGUAUGAAGGAGAUUUAGGUUUUGAAGUUAAAGUAUUCCUUAAUUCAUAUUCAAAAUUAGUAAGAUACCCAUUGCUUUGCUUUGCCAAUUGAUUUAUACAAAAAGUUUAGCUCCAGUCAUGGAGUCUUGUACUAAUAAAAGAAAAAAUCACUAAUAGCCAAUCUACCUAUCAUAGAAAAAAUUGCUCCUAAAAUAUAAGAAUAAUUAAUACGACUUUUCUAGGAAGUCAAAUUUGCCCAUACAGACUUCAUCUAGAAAAUGGAUGAACCUGGAAAUGCGUUAUUUAUAUUGCAAUAUGGAGUUUUGAGUUUAAGUAAAAACUAUUAGAAAGCACUUUCUCAUUAUGAAAAGCAAGUAUUACCCAGAAAAUUUUGGUUUAAUGAAAUUGUUAUAUGUGAAUUAAAUGAUCAAGGCAUUUUAGGAGAAGAAUUCACCUAAUAAGAAAAAGCUCUGUACAACGUUUAAGUGAUAUCAAAGACUGCAUCUCUUUUAAUGUUAUCAAUACAACAACUUAAAAAUGUUUCUCCAUAAGUUUUUCAAUCGGUGUGUAAAAUGUUUAAGGAUAGAACUAUUUUAAGGGAUGAAAUUUAUAAAUAAAAAUGCAAUGAAUUGGAAAAAAAUUGGUAAAAUACAAAUAAGGAUUAAAUGCUCAAUUAAGAUAUAAAGAAAACCAUAUCCUUCAAGGUUCUCUCUAAACAGCCUUCUGCCUGCCAAGAUUAACAAAGUUAAACCAAUGAUGAUCAGUUUGGAGCUCUAUUAGGAAACCUAUCUUAUAAAAAAAUGCCUACAUUCAUUUAAUAAUACUUCAGAUAAAAACAUCUUAAGGUUAAGAAACGACAAGAUCAAAGUCAACUAAAUAAUUCAAAUUCUAUGAAUCAUUUGGAUUCAACUUUUGACCCAUAUAUCUUACUUUAAAAAAAUUAAUAGAAAAUGCUUGUUUAAUAAUAGCAUUCCUCAAAAUAACAACAAAAUGCUUUGCGUUAAACAAAAACUAGAUAGAUGGAUAGAAAAUCAGAACAAACGAAAUCACAAUAAAUUAGGCCCAAUACUUCUCAAAUUAUGGUUUAAUAACAAUUUUCUUUGGGAUUAACUUAGUAAUAAUAGCAAUCCAAUAAUUAACUAGGCAGUGGUUCUAGAUAAGAAUUAACUUUAUAGAAUAAUAUAUUGUAAAAUUUUCAUACUCCUAAGCCAAUUAUUAGGUAGUUGAAAAGAAUGUAUAGAAGUUCAUCUGUUCAUAAGAUUGAUGACCCUCCUUUCUCGCUGAUACCUUAAUUAAAAUACAAUAAAAGUAAUUUAAAUAAAUAAAUAGCCCCUAGAGAUAGUAUGUUCUAUCUAAAUUUAUAACAAAACUAUUCAAGUUAAAGAAUCAAAGUCAACUAGCUAUUGCAUAAUUCUAUAGAUUGA